AUGGACGCGCUCUUCGAGCAGCUCUCCGUGCUCGCCGACAUGGCCCUGGACGACCGGGGCUUCGACCCGGCGAGACUGGACGGCAUCCUGGCGGUCUUCGAGUGCGAGGCGCGCGCGUCGUGGGCGGCGGCUGAGGCAGAGCACGAGGCCGUGGCCCGCGCCACCGAGACGGCCGCGGAGGGCCACCUCGACGCCGUGAUGAUGGGCGCGGCCGUGGGCUGGUCCGGGGAGGCCGACGCGCUGUCCGCGGCCACCACCGCGAUGGAAAUGGCCUUCAACGCGACGUCAAAGGUUGUAGAUCCAUGGAAAACAGAUUGA